CUCUCUCUCCAUAGCUGCAGACAGAAACAGACUGGUUCAAACACAACUCUGCUGUACAUAUAUCUACACAGGGAGCUGCUUUCACAUGGACAUAAAAGCAUUAGAGACUUCGUAGAAAAUAUAAUUUGUUUGUAUUUACAUUUUGUUGGACUUUUGUUUAUUUGUGUGUGUAGGUGUUGUAGGAUCUGGGAUAAACAUGCCGAUUAGGACAGUGAUUACGCAUGCUAAGAAACAUCCAGGGCUCAUCCCUCAGUUCUUCUUCUUGGUACUGGGCAUGACUGGGGCUUCCUGCUAUCUGAUCCGUCUGGCCAAGGGACCCCAUGUCAGCUGGAACAGAAAGAACAAUCCUGAGCCUUGGAACACAUACGGUCCAAACUAUCAGUACAAGUUGGUGGCCGUCAACACGGACUACAAGGCUCUAAAGAAGGAGGGCCCUGACUUCUAAAGGUCCUUCAGGCAACUCCAGGGGCACCACGUUUGGCAGGACCUCCUGUCAUCCUAGUGGCAGGGUGGGGCCAGCCUGAGCCUCGCUCGGUCGGGUUCUCAGUCUGUCUCCUCCGCUGCCUCUUAACCAGCUACAUCACUAUAGUGAAAAAAAAACUUUUCUUACACAACCCGGAAGUCAUACAUCCGUCUCCAAACACCUGUGUUAUAUAACCGUCUCCUCUUCACACACUACAACACUGUUCAUUAAAGCCAUCUUUUCACAAUGCACAACCCUCAAGUGACGGAACAGCCUCUUUCAACACACCACACUAGUGUUGUAUACAUCUCUGUACAUGCAAUGUCACCUUCUCUGUAAAACGUACAACCCUCUCCAACCCUAAAGUGAUGGAACAGCCUCUUUCAACACACCACACUAGUGUUGUAUACAUCUCUGUACAUGCAAUGUCACCUUCUCUGUAAAACGUACAACCCUCUCCAACCCUAAAGUGACAGAACAGCCUCUUUCAACACACCACACUACUGUUGUAUACAUCUCUGUACAUGCAAUGUCACCUUCUCUGUAAAACGUACAACCCUCUCCAACCCUAAAGUGAUGGAACAGCCUCUUUCAACACACCACACUAGUGUUGUCUCUGUACAUGCAAUGUCACCUUCUCUGUAAAAUGUACAACCCUCUCCAACCCUAAAGUGAUGGAAGCUUGAAAACAAAUGCAUUAAAAGAUGACAUGGAA